AUGGGCCAUUUCUUUCUGCAUUACUUAGCCACGAACAGAGACAGAUCGCAGGGACAUGGUACCGGCAUUCCCGAGAUCGAGGCGGCAUGGCAUUACGAGACGGAAUCAGAUGCCCUGAAAAAGACAAUUACAGUACUCCAGGAUCAGGUCCGGAGCCUUCAAUCUAAGGUCAAAUCUCUCCAGCAGGGCCAAGACUUCAGGUCCUAUUAUCCGGAGGCCGGAAUUCCUCAUGACCGGCUAGAGCGAGAACUGCGGAAUAUUCGUCAGGAGAUCAUAGCCUGGAGUCGAGUGACUCAGAGAGAUUUACUGAAAGUAAACGCAAAAAUCAACGUGUCGGCGUUAGGCGAGGAGUUGGACAAAGUUCUAGGGCUUGAAAAAGGCCGAGAACUCAUCAAUAACGAGGAUUUAUAUCAAGAGGUCGCGAUCACUACCUGUGAUAUCUUUUCAGCAAUUGCAUCCAACAUCAUAGUUGAGCGGGCAAUUCUGAACCCAUUGAUAUCAUGCACUGCUGAGUUUCGAAACGCAAUGAAUUCGAAAGUCUACGAGAUGAUGUCAAGCGAUCGCUCAUCACGAGUGAAUCGGAAGGCGGCCAAGAUGUGGCAGUCCGCGUGCCUAAAGAUGUACGACCUCAGUGAUGAGUUUGGCUCCGAGCACGAGAAGAAGGCAGCCCGCGAACGGUCCAUUGACGAUAUCACGUCCAUGGUAUUUAAAGCACUGGAGAUUGAGGUCAAUGAUCAAGCACACCAAACGAAACUACGGGGAUCAAUCAGUCUCGCAGUAGACAUUGGCAAAACACUCGGCCAGUCGCUAUCCGGUCUGGUUCCCAUGAACAAAGGCUGGCUUCAGGAACAUGUCGAUGGCGAUGGAUAUAUUUCAGCGUCUACCUUGGGGUCUCGCAUUGAACCAAGAUACCUGCCUGAUGGAGGCAAAACAAUCGCCAAAGGCAAGGUGGCACUUGUGCUAUUUCCUGGACUGUUGAAGUAUGGCAGUGAUGAUGGAGAACACUGGGACAGUUGGACGGUCUGGACUCCAGCCAAGAUCCAUUUAAUGCACGAGCAGAUCGAGGAUAUCCCCCAGGAGGCUCCUGAUCAGCAUAACUAUCAGCCACCAGCAAAGAUUGCUCGUAGCGAUCAUGGAAUGGAACGGAAUGGAGGCCAAGACAUCGCCCCGAAGUCAAAGCGAGAGUGGUCGAUCACGCAGUCAAAUCGCAAAGAAUCUCGCACGUGGAAUACACCACCUUCGGGCCACAACUAUACUCCUUUUUCUUAG